UCUGAGCACACCGGAAGAACAGAAAGCCUUGAGCUCCAACACCAACCUCCCUCAUGAUAGAGCCUCUAUCCACAACACCUUGUUCAUGCGGGCCUGCUGCAUUGGUAGACAGCGCCAGUGGCCAUUGCUGAUUGACCCCGAUGACCAGGUUGUGACCUGGGUCAAACUGCUGCAGGAGAAGGGUGUGGUUAGCUUCCAUGAGGGAAUGGCUCUUGAAGAAGGAAGUGAAACACCUGCUCUAUCCAUAGCCAACGUAAAUGAACUUGAUGAUUUGGAUGAUAGUUUGAGUAGAGAAACACCAACCACCAAACCCACCAGCCGAGGGACGUCAAUGGAUGAUUGGGAUAUUGCUACAGAUUACCCAGAAACACCCAGGACAUUGACCAGCGUUGGCGGAGACACCCAGUACAACAUGAGACAUUCUUUCAACUUUCAGAGUGACGGAGACUAUGACCUCAGUGCCUCCAAUACCUUCCAAGAUGAUUCCUUUCUCCUAGAAUCCUUACCAGAGGAUGACGCUGAUGUUCAGAAGCCUGCUGAUAACCUCUGGAUCAUCUCUGCUGAUAAUCCUUCCUUGGAGAUUCGACUGAUCCAGGCUAUGCUGCUUGGUGUAGCUGUAGUGGUCAGUCAUCUAGAACGUAAAGCCUUGGGAGGCAGGCUGGUUGAGCUGCUCCGACGUAAUGUCAAAUAUGGAAAGGAAGGAGAGAGGAGGAUAUUGAUUGGAGGCCGAGAGUACGGUUACCGGCCAAGCUUUUGCCUGUAUUUAUGCUCAUCAGUUCCACUAGAGUUAACUGGCUCCGGGUUUGCACCUUUACCUAUUGAGGAUACCUCAGUCAUCGACCUAUCAAUCAGUCCUCAGGGACUGACGGACCGGCUCCUUAAGCAUAUCAUGCUGAUAGAACGACCUGAAUUCCAUGGGCAGUGGCGAUCAAUAGAGGGCGACAUUCACAACCAGGAGGCAACGCUACAACAGGCUGAGGAGGACAUUUUAAACAAAACACUGGGGCUGCCUCAUAGCAUACUGGAUGAGCCAACCAUGACAGAUGCAAUCAGUCAUUAUCAACAAUGUACGUUAACCACUGACGCAAGCCUACACCAGACUCACACACUGGCAGCUCAACUCCGCCAGAAGCAAGAGCCCUACCUCCCUGUUGCUGAACACGGUACCUUGCUGUACUCAGUCAUCAAACGUAUGUCCAAUCUCCACCCACUCUACUACGUGCCUAUGGCUACGUUUGUGCGUUGGUUCCAAUCCACUGUGACUUCACGUCAGAAGAACCGGGCUGACAUCAGUUCAGCCGCAGCUAGGGCAGUUGAACUGACCAAUGUCAUCAUGCUAGACAUCCAGGCUAGAGUAUCAUUGGGAAUGUUUCAACCACACACCCAACUCUUUGCAUUCCUAGUGGCUGUAGAGAAAAUGCGAGCAGCCAAGGCUAUGACUGAGGAGGAGUGGUUGAUGUUUGUGGGUGGGGCAAACAUAACCAAUCAAACAGCACCAGAAAGGGACAUCAACCUGCCUGACUGGAUAACCCAAAAGAUUUGGUCUAGCUGUAGCCAGUUAGAGAAGGAAUUCCCCGCCUUUCAUGGUCUCACUCGGUCUGUACUCAACCACAGCCAUCAAUGGAAGGAAUACUUUGAGCAUGACCCAGUCCUGUUGGCUCCUAUUCCUGGGACUAGCCUGGCCAAUCUCACCUUCACGCAGAAAGCUUUGCUCUGGAGGGUUGUCAGACCAGACAAGAUGUUCAGCGUAUGCAGAGAUCUGACUAUCUACCAGCUGGGCUCCUACAUUGCUCGUCCAUCUUUUUGUAAUGUGGAGGAUGUCUUGAACCACUGUGAUCAACAUACACCUGUUGUGUUUGUUCUUCCUGCUGGCUACUCUGUGGAUGGAGCUAUCAACAGUGGCUGUGAAGGACACACUGAUACUCACCCGAUCACUAAGCUAACUGGUUAUUGCCGGCAGCAGAAACCAGAGCGCACUUUGCACACCGUGUCCCUUGGCACACAGGGACAGAUUCAGAAGGUUCUACUUGCCUUGGAGGAGUGUUCUGAGACAGGAAUCUGGCUAGUGAUUGAUAACUUUGACUUGAUGGAUGAUGAAGGACAAGAAAUUCUGAAUUUCAUUCAGAAAAUGGUUUCCUCCGGGAAGGAAGCACCGUCUGUCCCAUCUGCACCAUCCAGGCCACAGACUAAGCAGUCCAGUAAGAGCUUAGCAUCUAGGAGUGGCAGUGAAGCCCAGGCCAUUCCCAGUCCGGAGGAGGAACCUAAGUCUGGCAUACACACCGAGUUCAGGCUGUUCCUAAUCACGAGGGCAGACAGUCGUUACCCAAUGCCAGGUUUGAUCUUACAACAUGGCAUCAAAGUGACCUGUGAAGUCACAGCUAACCUACGGGAAUCCUUGCGUCAUGCUUUCAAUGACGGCAUGAGAGCUCUUGAAGCAAGCAAACUCAUGGUCACAUCAACCACUGCCAAGAUCACCAAUGAGAUGGUGUUCUGCAUUUCCUUGCUACACGUGGCGUUGUCACAGAGACGGCGAUUCAACCAGAUUGGAUUUAGCAAGGAUUACCAUUGGUCUCACAAUGAUCUUCUUAUAGCCUUGGAUAUGCUGAGGAUACAGCAACAACCAAUUAAUAUCUAUGAAGGUCUGAGUCACCUUCAGGAGUUACUGAGCAGUGUGGUCUAUGGAGGCUGUGUUGAUGAAGAGGAAGACCUUAGAGUUGUCCAAGCCAUGGUUCACAGUCUGGUCCUGAACUGGCAAGAUGUGGAGCAAAUGCCAGCAUCCAUGGGAGCAGCCUCUCUCAUAGCCUCCUUACUACCAGCCAGUCAGAGCCAGGGGCGUCACAGUCGCACUAGCAGCGGAACCCAGGCCAGGAGACUACAGCGUGUGUUUGAUACCAUGAAGAAUGAGGUACAGCCUGCCCAGCUUGGUCUGAUGAGUGACACUCCAGGAAUGAUGGAGAUCAGAGAAGGCAGGUAUAUUUCUAGUGCCUUACAGACCUUAGAGAGAUGCAUCAUACAGAAAGUUCCAUAUUCCUGGCAGUCAACUGUUUCCCUUCUUCAGUCUAUCAAGCGUGACCUGGAGGACCUUCCACCCUUUGAUCAACCUGCAACUGAGAGCCUCAGCUACCUUGAAACCUUCCUAAGCUCUGAGAUCAAUCUUUGGAAAAAGACGAUCACAGCCAUCCAAUCAGAAGUCGGCUCACUGCUGCAAUCGGCACAAGGCAUCAUUGCCCUACCCCCGGUGGUAGAAGACACACUAUUGGCUUUGAGUCAGGAUACUGUGCCCAAGUCUUGGCUGCCUCCAGGACACCCAAAGUGCACCGGGGUGUUGAAGUGGGUAGAUAGGUUGAAAAGCCAGGCAUUGCAGCUGGAGAGGUACCUGUGGGAAGGAGACAGGGCUGUUUGCUUUAAUUUGGCCAUGUUCGCAAACCCCAGGAUGUUCUUACGAAGUGUGUUACAAGAACAUGCAAGGAAGGAAUUCAUUGAAGUCCAUAGACUCAUCAUAGAGACACAGGUGAUGACUCUAGACGAGCCUCCAACCACACCUCCAGCUAAAGGUGUUUACAUCACAGGUCUCCUACUCCACAAUGCUGAUUGGGACACCAAACGUCACCUCACCAUUCUCCCUCACCCUCCUGACCCGUCUGUGACCUUCACUCAUAUCCCCUCCCCCCUUCCAAUCAUCUGGUUCAAGCCGACUGUUAAAUCUCUGGCAUCUGAUGUUAAUGAGGAUAAUUUAACCAGAAGUCCAGGGAGCUACAGGUGUCCAGUCUACAUGCAGGGGUCAGAGGUCACCAUGCUGAGCACACAUGUCCUCUUGGCCUUUGUGGAGUUGCCGUCAACACUGGAGGAGAGCGUAUGGGAACAGAAGAGAAUUUUCAUCACUCCUUCCUAGUGCUGGGAGCAGACUGUGUCAUCUGGUUUAUUUUUUUAUUCAAUGGUACAACAGAUUUUAUUCCAGUGUUAUGUGUAUUUGUUACCUGCAAAAAGGGUUUAUCCAGAAUUGUAUGCUAGAAAGUUUGGAAGUGUACUGCAAUACUAUGACUAUGAGUGCCUUGAUAUUCAGAUAUUUUGUCUAAAGAUUAUUUGCUUGGAGGUUUGUUUUAAUCAGAAUAGAGACAGUGAAACAUGUUUUGUUUUAGAAGUUUAGGCAUGGCAAAUAUACAAAAUACUAUAGGGUAUAAUUAACAAGUUUUAAUUUGAACUUAAAUAUGACAUAUGUUUCCUUUUUUAUUGGUUUGCCUUCAUGAUUAAAAACAUAUCUUGUCAAUUGACUUGCGUAGUAUAGUUAAAGACACAUUUUUGCAUUUAUCAUUGCCAGUGAUAAAAGUCCGUCCAGUCAAAAAAUGUUAUGCAAGUUGAGGAAAAAUUAGGUGACUGUUCAUUGUUUACUUACAUUAUGUAAUAAAAUAGUCCCUGUUAAAAUAGCGCCCCCUACGGGAAGUUGCAGCAGUCAUUUUGUGUAUAAAUGGUACUGUUACCUGUGUGUGCAUCAUCAUUAACGAGAAGUUACUUGAAGUGUUGCGUUGUUCAAAAAAAAAUGUCCCAUGAGUUUGGGCGUUUUCUAUUAAUAAUAUCUUUAUUGUAAAUAUUUUCUCGGUUUAAUGGUCCGUCCAAAACGAAAGUCCCAAAUGCCUUGAAUUCUUUCCUGUCAUUCCAUUGCACACUCAGACGUGUUAAUAAACUUGGUUGAAGUUGAAUAAACGAUUUUUGCACUAAACAGA